AUGGAGCUCAACAUUGAUAACGCCACGGCCAUAGUGGCACAGCAGCAGCAGGAGCUCGAACAGGCUCAUCAGGAGCAGGUACAGGCCCUCUCCGCCCAGCCCAUCUCGGCCGCCGCAACAUCCGCAUCAGCCGGCCCCACCAAUGGCCUCUCGACGCUCUCGGGCGCCGCGGCGGCGACCACCGAGCAGAAAGCGGACCGGAUGCAGCUCGUCGACGAAGAACAGCGCUUCAACGAUGACCAAUUCGCGCCCAAGCUGCGCGACUGGGGCCUCGAGGACGCCGGCUUCGGCUACGACCUCUGCGCCGUGCUCGGCUCCCAGUCGACGGGCAAGUCGACGCUGCUCAACAAGCUUUUUGGCACCAGCUUCGACGUCAUGGACGAGAAGCAGCGCAGGCAGACUACAAAGGGAAUCUGGAUGUGCCGCGGCCUCAAGAUGAACGUCCUCGUCAUGGACGUCGAGGGCACCGACGGCCGCGAGCGUGGCGAAGACCAGGACUUUGAGCGCAAGUCCGCCCUCUUCUCGAUGGCGUCGGCAGAGGUCCUUAUCGUCAACAUGUGGGAGCAUCAGGUCGGCCUUUACCAGGGCGCCAACAUGGGCCUGCUCAAGACCGUCUUCGAGGUCAACCUCGGCCUCUUCCAGGCGGGCAAGGCAAAGAGCCACGGCGCAAAGGACAAGACGCUCCUCCUCUUUGUCAUCCGCGACCACGUCGGCACCACGCCCCUCGAGAACCUGCAGGCCACCAUCGUCAGCGACCUCAACAAGAUCUGGGACUCGCUCUCCAAGCCCGACGGCCUCGAGGCGAGCCAGAUCUCGGACUUUUUCGACUUCAUGUUUACGGCUCUGCCGCACAAGGUCCUCUUGCCCGCCGAGUUUGACAAGGCCGUCAACCGCCUGCGCACCCGCUUCGUCGACCCAAAGGACCCCAACUUUGUCUUCCGCACCGAGUACCACAAGCGCAUCCCUGCCGACGGCCUGCCGCACUACCUCAGCAGCAUCUGGGAGCAGGUCAUGACCAACAAGGACCUGGACCUCCCGACGCAGCAGGAGCUGCUGGCCCAGUUCCGGUGCGACGAGAUCGCCAACGCCGCGUUUGCCACCUUUGCCGGCGAGAUCAAGGCUUUCCGCCGGCACGUCGAGUCCGGGACGGUGCUCGAGACGCUGGGCGCCGACAUGGCGCUCCACCGGGGCACCGCGCUGGCCAAAUUUGACAAGGAUGCCGGGCGAUACCAUCAGGAGGUGUACAGGCGGAAGCGGACCGACUUGCUCGAGAAGCUCAACGCCUCGCUUUCGCCCUUCUUCCUCGGCCAGCUCAAGAACCUGCACAAGCACGUCCUGGCGGCGUUCAAGAGCAACGUCCUCGAGCGGAUGCGCAACGAGAGCAACUACGACUUUGGCGAGGUGGUCGGCAGCGAAAAGGAGCGGGCGCAGGCCAAGUUCAGUGCCGCGGCCAAGCUGGUGCUGCUGGCGGACACGGACUGGACGGUGAGCGAGGAGGAGGCGCAGCUCGAGGAGGAGAUCCAGAGCAUCGCCGACACGAUGCGGGUCGAGGAGACCAAGAAGAUGGUGGCCCAGAUCGAGCGCAACGUCAAAAAGGGCCUGGCCGAGCCGGUGGAGCUGGCGCUCAACAAGCCGAGCGAGACCAUGUGGGACGCCGUGCUCGAGACUUUCCGCGCCGUGCUGCAGCAGGCGGAGUCGACGUACCUGCGCAAGGCCAAGAGCUUCAACUGCACCGACGACGAGAACACCGCCGCGCUCAUCGCCCUGCGGAGAAAGUCGUGGAUCUCGCUGCGGGCCAAGGUCGACGAGCAGACGGCCGACACGGUGCUCGCGGCCAAGCUGCGCAACACGUUCGAGGACCGCUUCCGCUACGACGAGAACGGCGUGCCCCGCGUGUGGAAGCCCGAGGACGACAUCGACGGCGCCUACCAGAAGGCGAGAGACGAGACGCUGGCGAUGAUCCCGCUAUACUCCAAGAUCGAGCCUCGUGACGACUCGCUGGCCGUCUCGCUUCCGUCUACCUCGGACGACCCGGCAUCGCAGGCCGCCGUCGACCGGGGCGAGGAGGAGGAGUUCGACUUCCCCUCUACGCUCGUCGUCUUUUCCGAGGCGCGCAAGGCCGAGAUCGGCACGCGGUUCCGCAAGGAGGCCGACGCGCUGUACGUCGAGGCCAAGCGGUCGACGGUGUCGAGCAUCGCGCAGGUGCCGCUGUGGAUGUACGGCGUCAUGGUCGUGCUGGGGUGGAACGAGAUGAUGGCGGUGCUGCGGUCGCCGGUCUACUUUGCAUUCCUGCUGGUAUGCCUGGCGAGCGCCUACGUGGUGUGGAAGCUCAACCUGGGCGGCCCGCUGACGAGCGUCACAAAGGCCGUCGGGCGCGAGGUGCACCGCCUGGCCGACGAGCAGCUGCGCAGCCACUUUAGCCAACCGCUGCCGCGGCCGCAGAUGCUCGACGAGAGGUACGGCAGCGGCAGCAGCAGCAGUCGCAACGCCACGAGCACCGGGGCAGGCGGCGAGGAGAUUGAGCUCGAGGAGAAGAAGGCGCUCUAG